UGGCAGCGCGGAGCUCAGCGCCGAGGAGCGCCCCGGGCUGCGGGCGGCCGCGCAGGUAGAGCAGGGCACGGGGGCGCACAGGGUGGGGACCCCUGCGCCUUCGGCCCAAGAGCCUUUUGCUGCCGGCCGGCAAGGCCCGAGUCUGUGCUUUUGAAGCCCCAGGACCGCUCCUCUCAACACCCCCUGCUUACCACGCCUCCCCUUUUUCCUGGCAUUCCUGCCGAUUCCAGGUUUGGGUCCCCAGACGCCUCCAAUGUCUUGGUACCCCCUUUCCCCCUAAUAGCCUUAGGGAUCUGAGUUAAAAACAGCCCCCGCAGACUCUCCCAGUGAAGACCAAGUGCCGGCUGCGGAAAGAGCGGGAGAGAGGCGUCUUCUGGAACUGUCUCCCUGCCGCGCCGCGUCGGGCGGGGACGCCCGAGCAUCUGGGCCCCAGGAAACCUCCAGGCAUCUCCAUGGAUUUGUGAUUGGCGGGGCAGCUUUCCCAGUAGCGCUGAACAGAGACCCUCAGCCGGCGGCAUGUGGCGGCCGCGCUUCUCCAGCGCCGCGGUGACCGCGCUCCUGCUGGCGCAGACCGGCCUCCUGCUCUUCCUGGUCUCCCGGCCCGGACGGUCCGGGCCGCAGUCCCCAGCCGACGGCGAGGCGCGCGUGCACGUGCUGGUGCUGUCCUCAUGGCGCUCGGGCUCGUCCUUCGUGGGCCAGCUCUUCAGCCAGCACCCCAACGUCUUCUACCUGAUGGAGCCCGCGUGGCACGUGUGGGCCGCCCUGUCGCAGGGCAGCGCUCCGGCGCUGCACAUGGCCGUGCGCGACCUGGUGCGCUCCGUCUUCCUGUGCGACAUGGCUGUGUUCGACGCCUACCUGCCGUGGCGCCGCAAUCUGUCGGACCUCUUCCAGUGGGCGGUGAGCCGGGCGCUGUGCUCGCCGCCGGCCUGCAGCGCCUUCCGGCGCGGCGCCAUCAGCAGCGAGACCGUGUGCAAGCCACUGUGCGCGCGGCGGCCCUUCGGCCUGGCGGAGGAGGCCUGCCGCUCUUACAGCCACGUGGUGCUCAAGGAGGUGCGCUUCUUCAACCUGCAGGUGCUCUACCCGCUGCUCAGCGACCCCGCGCUCAACCUGCACAUCGUGCACCUGGUGCGCGACCCGCGGGCCGUGCUGCGCUCCCGCGAGCAGGCGGCCAAGGCGCUGGCGCGCGACAACGGCAUCGUGCUGGGCACCAACGGCACGUGGGUGGAGGCGGACCCAGGUCUGCGCGUGGUGCGCGAGGUGUGCCGCAGCCACGUGCGCAUCGCCGAGGCGGCCACGCGCAAGCCACCGCCCUUCCUGCGCGGCCGCUACCGCCUUGUGCGCUUCGAGGACCUGGCCCGGCAGCCGCUGCCCGAGAUCCGCGCGCUCUACGAUUUCACGGGGCUGCGCCUCACGCCGCCCCUUGAAGCCUGGAUCCACAAUAUCACGCACGGGUCCGGGCCGGGUGCGCGCCGCGAGGCCUUCAAGACCACGUCCAGGGACGCGCUCAGCGUCUCCCAGGCUUGGCGCCACACCCUGCCCUUCGCCAAGAUCCGCCGCGUGCAGGAGCUGUGUUCAGGGGCGUUGCAGCUGCUGGGCUACCGGCCCGUGUUCUCCGAGGAGGAGCAGCGCGACCUCGCCCUGGACUUGGUGCUGCCGCGUGGCCCCAGCAGCUUCAGCUGGGCGUCGUCCACCGACGGGCACUCGGCGCCUUAGAGGAGGCCCUGGGUGCGGUGGCCGCGGGGGCCAGGAUGCCAGUGUAUGGGUGAGGAGGGGGCAGGACGCAAGUGGAGGGUCCGGGAGUGAGAGGAGAGGGGACCAAUUCGAAGUUUGAAAGGACUGAGUCCCCAAACUCCUCCAUUCUUUCGGACUUCUCAGGUUUCUCUGAGUCCUGUUUUGGCUGUUCUGGAUGGGAUGUGAGUUCCCAUCAGGAGCAUUUUCAUGGAAAGGGAAGCUGUGCCCUCAUGUUCUCUGGGCACAGGGAGUAAGUUCAUAUUACUUGGGUCCUUCUUAACUCGCUUCCCCCUUGGGUGCAUCAUCCAGCAUCAUCUGGGUAGGGCUGAGAAGGUGUCCCAGCCCUACCCAGAGGGUGAAGGGGCACAGUGGUGACCUGACCCCUGAAGUCUGUACCUCACUGCCCAACACACCCCUGGCUGCCUUCCCCCAUGCCCUGGUACCCACAUCCAUCAAAGCAGUUGGCAUUUAUAUCCACUGCAUCUGCAGCUGGAACUCAGACAAGAUGCUGUUUUUCUUGUCUUGUGGUUUCCUGUUACCCUUGCCCUGCCUCCGCC